AUGCAGCGCACGCAACUGCUAUUCUUCGCUUGGCUGGCAUUUGCCGCUGCCCAGGACAUUGCCACACAGGAGCAGAGGCUAUUGGCGGACAGAGAUACUCUUGAUCCACAGGAUGGUCGCAUUGUCGGAGGUUGGGCGACAAAGAUCGCGCAUUUCCCACACCAGGUCUCACUGCAGAAGGGCACACGUCAUAUCUGCGGUGCCACUAUAUUGGCACCCACUCUGGUCCUAACUGCCGCUCAUUGUGUGCUGAAGGCCAAUGAGCCGCAGGACUAUUUCAUACGCGCUGGCUCCACCAAGUGGUCAAGUGGCGGCAGCCAUCAUCGUAUUCGUCGUAUCAUUCCUCACGAGCAUUUCAAUCAGCCUACACAUAUGAACAACGACAUCGCUCUGUUACAGCUCCAAGAUCCGCUUAUCUUUAGUGACAACAUAAAACCCAUUCCGAUCGUAACACCGAUGGAUGAUGUGCCCACACUAGCUCAGCUCUUCGUCAGCGGCUGGGGAUCCACAAAAGUGGAGCAAAUGGCCCCUUCAUCGCUCUUGCAUUACACAGUCAUCGUUCAAUUGAAUCGCGAUUCGUGUGCACGUAACUACUUUGGCGCCGCCACCAUAACAUCCACCAUGUUCUGUGCAGGCAGCAAGUCUGGCAAAGGUGAUCGGGACAGCUGCGUGGGUGAUUCGGGUGGUCCGUUAAUCACACAUGUUGACGGUCGCUUCAAACUGCUUGGCAUUGUAUCUUGGGGCUUAGGCUGCGCCAACGCUGAAUAUCCGGGCGUUUAUACCUAUGUGCCUGCUUAUAUCAACUGGAUAUACCAGACAGUGCAGACACUGACCUAGGCUUAUAGUAUUUGUAUUUGAAAGGUUUUGUUGUUAUGCGCAUCUAACCUAACUAAAAAUAGAUUUAAUAAGUUUUUUAAAAAUCACACAGCCCAGCUCACAAAUUGUAUGACUAUUAUAAAACAGUUUCCACUUGAUGUAAAUAUUUUAAGCACAUAUUUUUGACCUAAUAUUAAUAAUGUAUAUAUAAGUUUUAUUAUUGUGAAUACUUAUAAACUAUAAACAAUUUCUCGCAAAAUUUUUGUUGAACAAUAAUGAUUGUCAACACUCAAAUUGUUUAAUAUGCAGUUGAUUAAGAAUAUAAAUUCAUAAAAAAAAAAAUAAAUGAAACCUGUAUUUAACCUGUUUAACCGUUUGGGUUUCAGUCAACUCUUCUCUUUAGGAUUAGUCAUAGGAAUGCCCGAGAACAAAUUAUAUAUUUAAUUUUAAAGUUU